AUGUCCUGCUGCACAGGCGAGGACGAGGACGAGCAGCAGCAGGAACGCUCGGGGGCGCCGCGCGUCCGCGGCUGUACCGACGUCUUCUGGCUUUGUCUCUUUAUCCUCUUCUGGGCUCUGAUGAUACUUUUAGCAGUUUUUUCGUUUGUAUAUGGUAGUCCUAUCAGGCUUAUCCAUGGAUAUGAUAGUUUUGGAAAUGUCUGUGGUGUCAAAAACAAUCAGAAAUUCGGAAAUAUGGAACUUUCUGGACAAGACACCAGUGACAAGCCGUAUUUAUUCUUCUUGGAUGUUGCUAGACUUAAACAGUCUUUGAAAAUAUGUGUUAAAAAAUGUCCCAAUAGAAGACUUGAAAAUUUAAAUGAUGUGUGCCAGUUCUAUGAGGAUACUGGAUCACAGCUGUGUCAUGACAAGCCAGGUAGUGGCUUUAGUGCCUGCAAGGACAUAGGUAAUACUAAAACCACAACUGGCUCUUGUCCAGUGUUCCCUGUCUAUGACAGCAAGCCUAUACUCAAUAGAUGCAUUCCUAAGGCUAUUGGUGAGGUCGCAAAAAAUAUAGCCACUAAUCUUUAUGGCUUGCUCAAUUCCUGGGAUGCCAUUCAGCAGAUCUUAGGAGACUUGUACAAGACAUGGAGAGAGAUACUAGCAUUGUCACUCUUAUCUUUUGUUUUGUCACUGUUCAUGAUAGCUAUUAUACACAUGCUGGCAAGUUUUGUUACUUGGAUUGUCACAAUACUUGUUGUUAUUGCGUCUUUAGCUGGUACUGGCUUAUUGUGGUACACAUACGUUGAUAUAAAACAUCAAUUAGAUUCUACUCCACCAGAGGAACUUUUGGAAGAGUCUGUUCGCAAUGAAAAAGCAUUUUUAAUCUUAGCAAUAAUCGCGUCUGUAAUCACUGUAAUAUUGUUCUUCCUCAUCUGCUUUAUAAGAAAACGCAUCAGCUUUAUGGCUGCUUUGUUCAGAGAAAGUGCAAAGUGCUUGGCAGAACUGCCAGGGCUUUUUUUCCAACCACUCGUUACUUUUUUGGCUUUGCUUGUAUUUUUCGCGUUCUGGAUAACAGUUGGAUUAUGCCUGGCUACUGCAAAUUAUCCAGGUACAAAAUCAAUAAAUUCUAUUGAUACAUUAGAUGUGAAUGCAUCCUUUACUACUAAACCUAUAGAUGAAAAACAAAAACUAUUAGAUAUUCCUUUGGGUCAAUACAAAACAUUUACUCUUGUGGAAUAUGUCAAUCCCACUUGGGUGAGUUACAUGUGGUGGGUCUACAUUAUUGGUUUUAUUUGGGUUACUGAAUUUAUUGUUGCCUGUCAAGCUAUGGUUAUUUCUGGUGCUGUUGCACAUUGGUAUUUCAGAGGUAAAGAUAGUAGUGCAUCUCCAGUUUGUUCAUCAUGGGGCACACUUAUUUCUUAUCAUCUUGGCACAGUAGCUUGUGGUUCUUUGCUUAUAACAAUAUUUAAAAUACCGCGAUUGAUUCUUACUUAUUUACGUGCUAAAUUCGAGAAGACUAAGGAAACUUCACCCUGUGCUAACUGUGGACUAAACUGCUGCAUAUGUUGCUUCUACUGUUUGGAAAAAUUUAUUCGUUACAUGAAUCAAAAUGCUUACACCGUUGUGGCAAUUGAAGGAACCCACUUUUGCAAUGCGGCACGAAUUGCAUUCAAUACAAUCGUAAGUAACGCUGUUCAAAUAGCUGUGAUAAAUGGAAUUGGUGACUUCAUUUUAUUCUUGGGUAAAGUUUUUGUAACUGCUGCCACCGGAAGUAUUGGCCUAUUGUUCCUACGACAAGAUCCUAGAUUGCAUUUUUACGCAGCACCCAUACUUGUCAUCUGCAUCUUCUCCUUUUUUAUUGCUCACUGUGUGAUCUCACUUUACGAGACUGUAAUCGAUACGCUAUUCUUAUGCGUAUGCGAGGACAAGAACCUCAACGGCGAUAACGGCAAAUGGCGUCAAUCUGCAUUAGCCCAGCUAGCCAAUGAUACUAAUGGCCAGCAAUCUCACGAACUCGCUCCUAUGAACAGCUAAGCAAUUUCAAUUUGCACGAAUUUACUUUCCAAUGAACGUUGUCUAAUGCGAUAUUUAGAUAUACAAUGGUGAUACAAUAUACCAAGUUGUUGUCGAUAACUUUUGUUGGAAAGUAAUGAUGAUGGGCAUUUGAUGUAGCUUUUGGCAGCGUUUGAUCCUAUUUCUAUGUGUAUCAAUGGAAAAAGCUUUCAUUCUUCCAUAUAAAAUUAACUCUAAGUAUAUUUUCUUAAAUCCGAGUUACAAAUAUCUAUUAUAUGAAAAUCAGCUAUUUUUAUACAAAAACUGUGUACGCAUAAUUUACUGGUAUUAUUUGAAAAUUUAAAUUAGUGCUUGGUUAUUAUCAAACUUUUAUACAACUUGAUUACUUAUUUAUAGGAAUCGGUACUAUACCCAGGCAUAUGUGCAAAAGACAAAAAAUCUGAAAUAUUUAUCGUCCUGUCCAAGGUAUUCUAAAUUCUUUCCAGAAAUUCCGCAUAAUAAUCAAUCAAUCCUUUUUUUUUCACAAAACUUUUAAAGGUCAAAGUUUCCUAAAUGACGUUUUUUCAUGAUAAGUGGUUUAAAAAAUUAAUAUUAAUCACUCGGCAUUUUGCGAAAUGGUAAAAAGAAUCAAAUCUGGCUCCAUCACUACGCCCUCCUGUUUUAAAAACUUUCAACUAAAUGAUGCCGUUCUGCCUCCACUCACGUCUUACGUAUGCCUAAAUUUUUUUAGUAUUUUCUUAAAUUUUUUACAAUAAUAUAGAUGAAAAUAUAAAAAUAUUUA